UGCGAGCGGGUCCUGGAGCUGGAUGUGAAGCUGGGGCAGGUGAGCAUCCGUAACCCCCGCGCCCCCCCGGGGGAGCUCCCCAAAACCUUCACCUUCGACGCGGUGUACGACGCCAGCUCCAAGCAGGCGGAUCUGUACGACGAGACGGUGCGGCCGCUCAUCGAGGCCGUGCUGCAGGGCUUCCACGGAACCGUCUUCGCCUAAAAAGGGAAGACCUACACCAUGCAGGGGGCUUGGGCGGAGCCGGAGAAGAGGGGCGUCAUCCCCAUGGCCUUCGAGCACAUCUUCACCCACAUCUCGCGCUCGCAGAACCAGCAGUACCUGGUGAGGGCUUCCUACCUGGAGAUCUACCAGGAGGAGAUCCGGGACCUCCUUGGCAAGGACCAGAGCAAGAAGCUGGAGCUGAAGGAGAACCCCGAGACGGGGGUGUACAUCAAGGACCUCUCCUCCUUCGUGACCAAGAACGUCAAGGAGAUCGAGCACGUGAUGAACCUGGGGAACCAGGCGCGCUCCGUGGGCAGCACCAACAUGAACGAGCACAGCUCCCGCUCCCACGCCAUCUUCCUCAUCACCAUCGAGUGCAGCGAGCCCGGGCCCGACGGCCAGGAGCACAUCCGCGUGGGCAAGCUCAACCUGGUGGACCUGGCCGGCAGCGAGCGCCAGAGCAAAAUGGGGGCCCAGGGAGAGCGCCCCAAGGAAGCGUCCAAGAUCAACCUCUCGCUCUCCGCCUUGGGCAACGUCAUCUCCGCGCUGGUGGACGGCAAGAGCACACACAUCCCCUACCGGGACUCCAAGCUCACCCGGCUGCUGCAGGACUCCCUCGGGGGCAACGCCAAGACAAUCAUGGUGGCCACCUUGGGCCCGGCCUCUCACAGCUAUGACGAGAGUCUCUCCACCCUAAGGUUCGCCAACAGGGCCAAGAACAUCAAGAACAAGCCGCGGGUGAACGAGGACCCCAAGGACACCUUGCUGCGGGAGUUCCAGGAGGAGAUCGUCCGGCUGAAAGCCCAGCUGGAGAGACGCGGCAUGCUGGGGAAGAAGAGGAGAAGGAGCAGCCAGAGGAAGAAAGCCAUGGAUGGGGAAAGCGCCACGGAGAACGAAGGGGAGGACGACAACGAGGACGGGCUGGAGAAGACCAUGGAGAAUUACCUGAAGGAGCAGAAGGAGAGGCUGGAAGAGGAGAAAGCCGCCAUCCAGGAUGACCACAGCCUGGUCAGCGAGGAGAAGCAGAAGCUGCUGCGGGAGAAGGAGAAGAUGAUCGAGGACCUGCGGAAGGAGCAGGAGGCCACGGAGCUGCUGGCCACCAAGUACAAG